UCACGUGACCUCUGGCCAAUUUAAAGGCUUCGAGGGGAAGACGGACUCCACACACUGGUUCCACUGGUUUUUCGUGACGUGACCCCUUCACCCACACAGGGACCGGAACUUAAACAUGUCCGAUAACGAGGAAGUGGAAGAAUACGAGGAACAGGGUGAAGAGGCAGACGAGGUUGUGCAAGAGGAGGAGGAGGAGGAAGAAGAAGCUCCGGAGGGUGAAGAUGCUGAAGGAGAUGCUGACGAUGGAGCACACGGAGAAGGCGCUGGGGAAGAAGCAGAAGAUGGAGGAGAGGAGACGAAACCCAAGCCAAAGCCGUUCAUGUUGCCUAACCUGGUACCUCCGAAGAUCCCAGAUGGAGAGAAAGUUGACUUUGAUGACAUCCACCGCAAGCGGAUGGAGAAGGACCUGAACGAGCUGCAGACCCUGAUCGAGGUUCACUUUGAGAGCCGCAAGAAGGAGGAGGAGGAGCUGAUCAGCCUGAAGGAUAGGAUCGAAACACGCAGGUCUGAGCGAGCUGAGCAGCAUAGGAUCCGCAGCGAGAGGGAGAAGGAGCGGCAGAAACGCCUAGAGGAGGAGAAGGCCAGGAAAGAGGAGGAGGAGGCCAAAAAGAAGGCCGAGGAUGAUGCGAAAAAGAAGAAGACUUUGACAAGCCUACAUUUUGGCGGCUACAUGCAGAAGACGGACAGGCGGAGCGGCAAGAAGCAGACCGAGCGGGAGAAGAAGAAGAAGAUCCUCAGCGACAGACGCAAGGCGCUCAGCGUUGACCACAUGGGUGAAGAUAAGCUCCGGGAGAAGGCCAACGAACUGUUCAAGUGGAUAUACCAGUUGGAGGCUGAGAAGUUCGAGUUGCAGUACAAGUUUGCGCGGCAGAAAUACGAAAUCAAUGUCCUCAGGAACCGUGUGAGUGACCACCAGAAGACCUCCAAAAGAACUAAGAGAGGACUGAGGAAGUAGAAUCGAGGGGGUGCAGAGACGCCGAAGGAGGAUGAGGACACUUCCAACGCCCCCCCCCCCCCAGCUCCCCCAUGUACAGGAUGUUGUGUUUUCACUCCAGAAACAUCUUCCUGGAAAAUAAAAUCCCCAAAGUGGCCGAACAUGUACGAGCAAAUCACAAUCACAAUCUCUGUUUAGGCCUACAGCAAUAGCGUCUUAUUCUGUUAUACUGCUCAACAGUAAUUUCCGGAUGAUGUAAAAAGUUACGACAGAUAAACAGCGUGUUCCCUGCUUCUAAAUACCCAUCAGCUUUUACUGCUGAACAUUGUCAUCAGCCGUUAGAACAUCUAAAGCUACUCAAGCAGUAGAACGCCAUGGGGCUGAACGUGGUGGAGGUAGAGAACAUCAGACUGGCUGAAAUUUUAAAUGAAGCUUUAUUUGCCAUUGGUACAAUUACAAGUACACAGGAAUGUGUUUUUUUUUCACAUAUCCCAUCAUGCUCUCCUUUUUAAAGACACAGACACACAUAGAGGUGAGACUGAAGCUUGGGGUCUGACUGUAGGGUCAGCCGUCCAUCCAGCCCCCCUGGGGCAUUUUUCAGGGGGUUAAGAGGCCAACAAGGAUGUAGCUACUCUGCCAAGCUUGGGAUUCAAACCAGCAACCUUCCAAUUCCAGCCAGAGAGGUGAAUGGGUCACCAACCCCAUAUGACUGUUGCCUUUAUGGGGAGUGGACAUCCGCAUGUGGUUAAAACGUAACCAGAAACUGGGAGCCUGCGGUUUGCGGUCGUUGUGUUCCGCGGCAGCUGCUGAGGUCUCCUGAAACACAAAGUCCGCUAUCAUGCCAAACUUCUACAUUUCCUCCCAUACCGCAGUUUAAAACUCAGUCUCAGUUUAGUCUGGGUGAACUGCAAGAGCUAAACGCAGACAGAGCAGAUAGCAAGAGUGCAGCACCGUGAUUGGGCAGGUGUUCAGGAGUCCCGCCCUCCUGUGAAGCACACUGGGUGUUUCCCGAAGCUAAGACCAUGGUACUUAUGUAGGGGGGAAACUUGAUGAGACACGAUUAGACUUGAAUCGUCCUCAGUGGGACACACCCAGACAUUCACUGGGCAUGAACAAAUAUCCCACAUCGCUUACCGUGUAAAAACAUACCCUUUCUUAAGUGUCUCCUCAACAAAGCACCAAAUAUGUUGCCACUAGAUUCUUUUUUCUUUGGCUUAAAAUAGAAGUCAAGUUAACAAUUAAAGGUUACGAAAGUCAGCACUCUUAACUCAAGAAAAUAAGGAGGAAAAAAUACUUAGUUUGCGCCAAGAAAACACCCUACAAAGAAGAUGUGGGAUUGUGCAGGGCUGGUGUAACCAGGGAACGUACAGCUACCAUGCUAGGGAGCUAAUGACCAACAUAUGUGACAGCCAGGAUUAAUCAUUGGGAACAUCCAGGAGCAGGUUUUGCCCUGCCCACAUGUUUGAAAAGUGAAAAAAAUAGUGAGUAGAGUCAGAAGAUGGUAGUUAGCUAUCUGGUUAGCAGAACAUGCUGCUACAGCAUUUCCUAAAUAUGGAAAGUGUUUAUUUGAUUUUUAGGGUAGUAACUGUUUGUGGCCAGCAGGGGUCCCACCCAAAAGCAUGCUUUGCGUGGUGGUGAACGGAACCACUGGGGACACACCUGUAUGGUCGAGAUCUGUGGAACUGGAUUAGGGUUAUAAGAUACAUUAUAAAGCCAUAGAAAAAGCGUACAGCAGACAGAGUAUGUCAGUAUUCCUCUAACAGGUAUAUUGUGGUAUUUGAGACAAAUUGCACGGUGUGACAAAUGUUGUGAGCCCACAGGAAAUGCUGGGCUGUCCUUCGAGAGAGAGCUUUCGAUGGCUGAAAGGGUUAAAGAAAAAAAAAAAACAUAGCACACUCUCAGCCAUCACCACUGUGCACAUAUCAGACGUCCAUGAAAGGCACCGCAUGAUAAACAGGGUCACAGGAAGUUAGCAGUCAAACUAAUAUCUACCUGUCCCCCAUUUUGCUGUGUAUGGAACUAGUUACCGGUCACUGAAAAAGACUAUUUUUCAUGUAAGAUAAUUAAUACAGUAUCAUUAUUAUAGAUUGCGAAUCCCUAGUCACAUUCCAAUAGAAGGUGGCGACAUGUUGAAAACCGGGAAUCAAACACCCCUGUCGACCCAUGAGCUCUGCAGGAUGAUUCUGCCAUGACCCAGUGAACUUCACAGAGAGGAGUGUCAUCUGGGGGGGGGGGGGUUACUCCUAAUUCAGCGGCACUUUCUAUUUAAAGUCUGUCAUUUGUAGCCUCUGGAAUGCCUUUAAUGACCAGGGGGACAUGUUCAGCAUGUCUCCCAUUGUAUGUUUAGAGUGAACGUGGUAAUCACAGUGUAAAUGAUAGGUGUUAGACUAAUUAUGAGUGGGGUAAAAUGGAGGUACAGAGUGCAGCAAAGUCACCGUCCGUCUGCAAAACUGGGGGGUUCAAAUCCUGGAGUUUUUGCAUACCCCUACAUUAGUUGGAAAAUGGAGGGAUAAAAAUUUACCUCUGUUUUACUGUAAAUAAUCCAUCCAUCCAUCCAUAACCUACCCAUUUAUCCGGGUCAUGGUUGCUCGACCUAAUAAUACCUUAAAAACAACGAACAUGCGUGUCAUUGUGUGGUGAGCUUACAUUUUUCACCAGGCAGAUAUGGGGUGGUGAUUGAUACGACUGUUCAGCAGGAAACUCAGAGGCAGGAGUGAAAUUUUAAACCUGUUCUUAGAGAGAAGUACGGUGCUGCUCUGUCAGAUUGAAAUAGCAAAAUAGCAAAGCAGGGAACAUAAAAUGCAUGACACAACAUGCUGUGCGGGACUAUCCAAGCACGCCUCAGCAGGGAGCAUAUGGUCUCGGAGAGUUCAAAGCGAGUUAAAAGGUCUCUUGAGUUAGCACCUUAAUUCAGUACCUUAAGAACCCCCAUUACCUUCCACUGACGGACAUGCAGCUAAGCUAAGAAUAUUCUGGAAUAAUAAAAAAACAUUGCCAAGGCUCAA